AACCUUUCUUGUUCCUUUCAACACCCGGCCUCACUCCUCACUCCACCACCUCAUGUCGCCGUCAGCAACCACCGAACCAUGAUCAGCCUCUACCUCACCCAACCCACUUCGUGUUCUUCAUUUUCUUUCAAGCCUCCUCUCCCACCCUCUUCGAUUUCAAAGCUUAAACCCUUUCAUCACCUUCCAAAAACCCAGAAAAAGAAGAAGAUUAAGAGAGGAAUAUGCAGGGCGGAGUUUUCGCCUGACGCACCCCUCGCUGCCGCAAUCGGCGCGUGUAUGCUGAGUUCCCUGCUUCUUCCGGUCGCCGAUACUAGGGAUGAAGAUGGUGGUGAUUCGGCUAUCAACGCGGGGGACACGAGGUUUGCGGUUAUGGGGAUUAUCAGCCUUAUCCCUUACUUCAACUGGCUGAGCUGGGUUUUUGCUUGGCUUGAUACGGGGAAGCGUCGAUACGCCGUGUAUUCAAUUGUAUACUUAGCUCCUUAUCUCAGGUCAAGUUUAUCACUUUCCCCAGAAGAUAGCUGGCUUCCUAUUGCUAGCAUAAUAUUUUGCAUUGUCCAUGUCCAGCUGGAAGCAAGUAUAAAAAAUGGUGAUAUUCAAGGAUUUCAAAUAUUUAACGAGGCAGCUAAGCAUCUUUCAUCAAGGAGUAGAGUGGAAGAUUCACAUUUCGAUGGACAUCAAGAACCGGAGAUGAGAAAAAGAGAAGAUAGAAAUUUGCCUGAUGCUGAAGAAGAAUCAAGAAAUGAGAUCCGGAAGUGGGGAAUCCAUAGGAAUUCUGAUGAACACCAUGAAAAGUUGAAUGGAGAUUGGGAUGAUUAUGAUGGAAGUGAACACUAGAAAAUGACCCCAUAAAUCAGCCUCAUCCUCUAGUGCUUUUGCUGUUG